GUUCAUGUUUGUUGGGAUUCCCCGCAGAUGCCAGGCCAGGCUUUGCUCCGCAAUCUCCGAAGCCAGAGAGCCAACAACCAUUCCCUCUCUUUCUUUCUUUCGGUCCCUACAGGAACUGAGUCAAUCGCAAAGAGAUCAACGCAGGGGCCACCAAGAUGCAAUUGGGCUUAAGGGAGAGCCUCCCUGCUCUGGUAGCCAAGCGUUUCACUGCAGCCAAGGAAUGUGGCCACUUGAUAUUCUCGCAUACUCAUCUCUCCAUAAUCAACUCUGGAGGAAUCUCGUAUCAACUUCGUUACUGCCCAGCUCUCGCAAACAAACCUUCAGGCGCUCCUAAAUCCGACAAGGAUCGAUCAGGUCCUAAGCCCGAUCCUUUCGAGAAUCCCUCCUCAGACCUUUUGAUCGCUCAGAUUCCUCAAGAAAAUCCAACAUAUACACUUGUCUUGAACAAAUUCCCUGUCAUACCUAACCACUUCAUCCUCGCGACAAAGGCAUGGAAGUCCCAAACGGAUAUUCUCGAGAAGGAGGACCUGGACGCUGCUUAUGCCUGCAUCAAAGCUUGGAGGGAUAACCGGACUGAACAGGGAGACUCGGGGUCAAAGAGACUAUUUGCAUUCUUCAAUUCCGGGGACGAGAGUGGCGCGAGUCAGCCACAUAGGCAUUUGCAGUUCUUGCCAGUGGAAGCCAUGUCUCAGGGUGACUCGGGAAGUUGGGAGCCUCUCAUUGACACGGUUUCAUCCCAGUCAGUAGGCCCCGACUCGGAGUACCGACGCUUGAGCCAAAUCCCCUUCGCCCAUUUUGCACUACCGUUACCACAGAACCCAACGGCAGAUACCCUGCAUGCGAUCUAUUUAUCUCUGUACAGAGUAGCGCUCUCAACUGCGAAGGGAAGCCUGGGGGACCACGCACGAGUGACAGAUGGCCCUGCGGCAAUCAGCUACAACUUAGCCAUGACCGAGUCGAUGAUGAUGAUUUGCCCUAGAAGACGUGAAACUGCUCGUAUACCCGUCGACCCAAGCGCUUUGCCAAAUGUCCAGGAACCUGGCGUCGUGGCCCUGAACGGCACGAUUCUAGCCGGAACGCUUAUGGUCAAAGCUGAGGCCGAGUGGAAUGAGCUUCGGCGCAAUCCGGAUACGUUGGCGGACAUACUCGCGUCUGUCGGCUAUCCCCAGCCAGACUCUCGUGGACUCGCUCUGUUAUGACGAUCAUUGACAUGGUCUCGUCAAGGAUCCACCUAGAGAGGAUGUAUAUAGCAUUGUCGCAUCAAAGACGCACAUGUCUUUUGCAUUGUAUGUAAGUCGAUGAUACAGUACAUAUGACACUGCAUUCAGAAAUCUCUC